UUGACGAACAAGCGCUCCAUACUUAGUCGGGCUCGUCGUCGGACGCCGUCCGCCGUUGUCAGCCCUGCGUGGUUGUUCUCGGGCAAGUAUUGAAGAAGGUUCGGACCCUAGGGCUUUGUCCACUGCCAAAAUCCUGUUCCCUAAGUGGCUUUCAGUUUUUGAUUGUUAAGAAUGGUACUGGUCUUGGCGCUGGGGGACUUGCACAUACCGCACAGGGCCCCUGAUCUGCCAGCGAAGUUCAAAUCCAUGCUUGUUCCUGGCAAGAUCCAGCACAUCAUUUGCACUGGCAAUUUAUGUAUCAAAGAAGUUCAUGACUAUUUGAAGACUCUGUGUCCUGAUUUGCAUAUAACUCGUGGAGAAUAUGAUGAAGAUACAAGAUAUCCAGAGACCAAAACACUAACUAUUGGUCAAUUUAAGCUGGGACUAUGCCAUGGCCAUCAGGUUAUUCCAUGGGGCGACCUAGACUCACUGGCAAUGCUUCAGAGACAGCUUGAUGUGGACAUCCUUGUCACUGGUCACACCCAUCAGUUCACCGCUUACAAACAUGAGGGUGGUGUCGUUAUAAAUCCAGGUUCUGCAACAGGUGCUUACAGCAGCAUCACUUACGACGUUAACCCAAGCUUUGUCCUCAUGGACAUUGAUGGCCUGCGUGUUGUGGUCUAUGUCUAUGAACUCAUUGAUGGAGAGGUGAAGGUUGACAAGAUUGAUUUUAAGAAAACAUCCUCAACCCACUCUGCUCAUUAGAAGAUUUGGAUCUUGUUUUGUCUUAGCCUCUUGUAUCCCUUUCCUUUCUCUUAAUUUUCUAUUUUUCAAUUUCUCAUAUUUUAACCUUGUAAUAGGGUUUUCUCUUUAGUUUUAUCUUGUUUUGAAAUAUGUAAUUGGCAGUAUCAUAUACUCGUAGGAUUUUGGGGGUUUAGUCAAAGUGUGUAUGUGGAACCUUUUUUUUUUUUUUUUAACCGGGUACAAACGCAUGUAAAAUGGCUACAUAUAUUGUGGGAACAAAAUGUCCUUUCGAAA